CCCGUGGUCUGGCCUGGUGCCCCGGUUCCCGUGGUACGGCCUGGUGCCUCGGUGCCCAUGGUCCGGCCUGGUGCCUCGGCGCCCAUGGUCCAGCCUGGUGCCUCGGUGCCCGUGGUCCAGCCUGGUGCCCCGAUGCCCGCUGUCGUGCCAGAUGACUCAGUGCCCGCUGUCGUGCCAGAUGACUCGGUGCCCGCUGUCGUGCCAGGUGACUCGGUGCCCGCUGUCAUGCCAGGUAACCUGGUGCCCGCUGUUAUGCCAGAUGACUCGGCGCCCGCUGUCGAACUUGGUGACUCGGUGCCCGCUGUCGUGCCAGGAGACUCGGUGCCCACUGUCGUGCCAGAUGACUCAGUGCCCGCUGUCGAGCUUGGUGACUCGGUGCCCCUGUUGUGCCAGAUGACUUGGUGCCCGCUGUCAUGCCAGAUGACUCGGUGCCCGCUGUCGAGCUUGGUGACCCAGUGCCCGCGGUUCUGCUAGAUGAUUCGUGCCCGCUGUCGAGCUUGGUGACCCGGUGCCCACGGUUCUGC